AUCUUGAAACAGGCCUAGGAAUUUGAGACCAUGGCUACACUGAGUAUCAAGCCAAGUCAGCGCUUCCAGCUGCCUGAGUGGAACACCAACACCUACCUGUUGUGCACCAAUGCCCAGCAGCAGCGAGAAGCCUGCCAUCAGAUCCGCCAAGAGGCGCGAGUCCUCCGCAGUGAGACCAGCAACCAGACUGUUUGGGAUGAACAUGACAAUCGGACGAGACUCACAGAGAGGAUCGAGACUGUCAACAGAUGGAAGGAGAUGCUGGACAAGUGUCUUACAGACUUGGAUGCUGAGAUUGACACCAUGAUACAGAUGAAGGAAUCAGCAGAUCAACACCUGCAGGCCAAAAACCUGCCUCUGGAUGUGGCCAUCGAGUGCCUUACCCUCCGGGAGAGCCGGCGAGACAUUGACUUGGUGAAGGACCCUGUGGAAGAUGAGCUCCUUAAAGAGGUGGAGAUCAUUGAGGCCGCCAGGAAGGCCUUGCAGCAGAAGGUCAACGAGGCUUUCGAGCAGCUCUGUCUCCUGCAAGAUGCCCGGCAGCAGCUCAGCGCUGACCAUCGAGGCAAAAUGGAGGCGUUGGAGAUCGACAGAGGUUGUCUCUCUCUCAACCUCACAUCCCCAAACAUCUCCCUGAAGGUCAACCCCACACGCAUCUCCAAUAACUCGCUAACACUCCAGCAGUGGGAUGACACCAGUCGGUUCAACAAGAGCCAUGCAGAGGCUGAGAUGAAAGCCUCUACAGAGCUGAGGGAGGCCAUCAGCCUAACUAUUGUUCAGACCAACAAUGAACUCGAAGCUCAGAGAGUAGCCACAGAAUUUGCCUUCAGGAAGCGGCUGCAGGAGAUGGAGAGACUUUACAGUGAUCUCAAAUGGGAAGAGAAUAAUACCUUGGAGGAGAUUGAAGCGAUGAAAAAGGAUAUCCGGCAGCUGGAGGAGGAUCUGCACAGAAAAAUGUUGAACCUGAAGCUGGUCCAUACCCGGCUGGAGUCUAGAACCUUUCGGCCCAAUUUGGAGCUCUGCCGGGACGAGCCACAAUACGGCCUUAUUGAUGAGGUUCGCCAGCUAGAUGCAACCAUCGCCAUAAUGAAGCAGAAGCUGGCCCAUACACAGGAUGCUCUGGACACCCUGUUCAAGCAUCUGGCCCGACUGCAGGCUGCCAUUGCCUGCAAGGUCAAUUCCAUGCUGCUGGACAAAAAGUGCUUGGACAUCCGACGGAAGCUGGUUGUGCCUGCUGAGAAGUAUGUGCCCGAAGUGGACACAUUCACCCGCACCACAAAUCGCAUCCUGAGUCCACUCAAAAUUGGCCACCUGCAGCUGAUGUAGCAUGGGGGAAGGGAGAGGUCU